CCAGUGACAGCUUUAAACUUGUGCGUUGCACUUUCAGCUUGAAUUAGCUAACUUUUGCGCGGUACUUGUGAAAGUCUGACUAUGUAGCGAGUUCACAAUCUCGAUUUCAAGAUAGUCUUAACCUGAUGUUUGUGUCAUGGCUUAUUGUUUUUGAUUGCUUUCGUUACUAAAUGUAAGUACAUUAUGUGCGUUUGCUGGGUCGUUAACUCACCAUUUCUUUUGUUCUCUUUUCCAGCCCUCCUCACUCACGCUACUCUACGUGCUGUUUUAGCACACAUAGUACCUUCUGGCUACACGAACCGCCACAGGCUGAGACGGAUCGCAGUGCUGAUGUUUACCCUGGUGUUUAAUAAAUAUUCACACAGAUUGCUGUAAAUGUCAACAGCCAUCAAUUCUUCUGUCCCAACUCCUAAUGGUGCUAAAAAUGUAGUCCCAGACUCAUCGCCUGCUGCAGUAAGACUUCCGUUAGCUAGUUCCGUUCGCCAAACAACUGACGCUACAUCGAAUCAGAAAGAUUCAACUAAAGUACCCAUAUGUCUAAUAAAACUAGUCCGGUCGAUCGUUAGAACUUUCUAUUCAAGAGAACAUUCUCUCAUCGUUGAUAUGCUGGUACGUAAUACAAUUAUGAAAGAAGAUGACCUAUGUGAAAGACUUCGCUUUGAAAGGAAACAACUAAGACAGUAUCUGCACACGCUAAAAUGUGACCAAUUUAUUAAAUCGAAAUUACAAUUGGAAACGGAUGUUGAUGGAAAAACAACAAAGAUAACACACUAUUUCAUUGACUACAAACUCUUUGUCAAUGUAGUCAAGUAUCGACUGGAUCAAAUGCAACGUCGACUAGAAGCUGAACAAAGACAGUCAACAAGUCGAGCUAGUUUCAAAUGUUCUUCUUGUAAUACAGCGUAUACAGACUUGGAAGUGGAUCGUUUAAUGGAUUUUACUAAUCCGGGAAAACUUGUAUGUGUAUAUUGUCGUGGGGAAGUUUGUGAAGAAGAAGAUAACGCUUCACGAACAGAUGCUCGUGCUUUAAUCGCAAAGUUUCACCAUCAGGUUCGAGAUCCGAUCGAUCUAAUGCUUCGUGAAUGUGAUGAAAUACACUUGUCGCCUUCAAUACUCGAACCAGAAAUCCGUCCUCUUGAACCUCUAAACGAUGAUACCUCUGAUGAAUCUCAAAACGUCGGUAGGAACUCUAUUUUGCCUGGUGAUAAAAAUAAAAAAAACUCGUCUCUAUUCGGUCCAACUGAAAGCAGUGUUCGGAUCGUGCUAAGUGGAAACUCAAGUGGAUCAAACCAAGUGGUCAAAGAAAGACCUAUAUGGAUGUCUGACAGCACCAUAAGUCUCAACCCUACUCCUGGAAUUGGAAAUACGGAUUCACAAGUGAAUAUAUUUUCAAAUGCAUCCGAUUUUCAUUCGAACCAUACUCCUGAAGACGCUAUCACUCAGACUCUUGCCCCUGGGAGAGUGCCCUCUGGAUUUGGUAGUAACUUAUCCAAUUAUGUUACAGCUAGUGUUUCUCACAACAGGCUAGCGGAUACUACUACCUCGGAAACUAAUCUAAUGACAAAUACGACUGGUGGGACCAAUGCAGCUUCGUCUAGUGAUAUUAUGCAAUUACUACUUGUACAUGAGCGACGUGGUCUACUCACCCGGAAUUCCGCUAAAAAUGUUAGUGUCCCAGGUCGCAAUAAUGCACAUAAAACUACACUUGCCCAACCCGAUCCCCUGGUUAACACGGAAAAUACGUCUGUAGACCUUCACUCAAAGAAGUUCGAGGUUACUGUUGGAGGCCAGCUUAUGCUUUAUACAGAUGUAACUCCAGCAAUGGUGAAGACAAUGACUAAAGAAGAGCGUGAAAACUAUGUGCGCGUUGGUAAGCUCAUGUUCACCAACUUAAUGCUCGAAUAAAACGAAAAUGAGCUUGUGUAAAAUAUAAUGUAUUAUACAGAUUCAAAAAUACACGAUGCUUAACAUA